AUGACCCUUCUCGAGUUCUACCCCGCCACCAAUGUCCCUGUAGCGGAGCUCUCGAGCCGCCUACGUAGAGAUGAGGACGGCGAGACUGAGGUCAUCAGAGGGCGUCUGGAGCGAUGUAGGCAGAACCAUAAAGUGAAGGCGGCCCAUCUCUGUGGGCUACGACUGAACGAGAGGACUUUCCCUAAAGGGGUCCUCAGCCUGGCGCAUCUCAGAAGGCUGGAUUUGAGUUACAACAACCUCCUGCGGUUGGAUGAAGAACUGGUGCGGUUGGAUGCCUUACGAGAAUUGUGGCUGGAUGGGAAUCCCCUAGAGGAGCUACCCGUGUCACUACAUCGAUUGAAGCACCUUGAGCUCUUGUCACUGCAAGAGCUGCCGAGGUUGAAGAACCUCCCUCGGGAGUACGCGGAGCUCAGACCUACACUAGUGGACGUUGGAGGGCUGCAAGAUUGUCCGAUGAUGAACCGUAAGCUGAUUGAGGCCCUUAGGGUUGGGGGUAUGGAUGGAUUCUUCACAGUGUUGGAGAUCAAGCAUACUCGAAGACAACAACGAUGCAAGCUUAUGCGGAUUCUCACUGAGUUCCUCUACCCCUUUGAAGAUCGUUCUACUAUUCUUGCCUGUGCUAAGAGGCUUACUCAGAGGGUCAAGGUCGACAGCGUUACACCAGAAGCAGCGAGAGUUGCCAUGGCCCGUCUCAUUAAGUGGGAUUGGAUUCGGCUCCAGGCUGGAAAGGCUGGGCUUUCGACCAGGCAUGGGGAGCGUAUACUUCCUGGUAAACUCGCUGAUGUGGAUGAGGAUGUAGUGUUGGAGAAGCUCAAGGAGUUCGAUGAGGAACUGCGGACGAGGGAAGAGGUUGCAACACUAGAACUUCGAAUCAAAGCAGCGAUGGUGGAUCUACCAAUGGAAGUGGUACAUGGUCUCGCCCUCAAGUUCAAGUCGACUGUGCCAGCUGCGAGAAUAGGAUGCAUUUUAAGGAACUGGAAGGGGCUCUUCCCGACGUCUAAGAUGAGACGCUUCACUGAAUUGCGUCAAAAAAGGGAGCUCAAGAAGAUCAGGGAGAUAUUCAUGGAUCGUUACCCGGCCUCGUCGAAAGAGGUUAUCGAUCCCGUGAUCGAUUAUUUCAUAACGACUAUGAGCCCCGAGAAGAGGAAGCGUUUGUUGGUUGAGGAUGCAUUGAGAGGGGAGCUACCGAGUUGGCGUAUAGGCACUAUUGAGGAGUGUCUGAGACUGUUGAGGGAGGGCUUGCCAUUGAUAACAGAAGCAGAGGCUCCAUCUAGUGUCUCUCAUGAAGUGUCGUAA